CUCCCGGCCAUUCUGUUAACCAUACAGACGAGGCUUCAAUCCAGUGCUCUGUCUAGUGCCGCAAAUCGAUUAAUACGACGAAAUGUGCCCUUAGAGCGGUCAGCAUGGCACCCAACAUCUUGCGGCUGCGCCUUACAGUACGCCGUCAUGGCGUCCCCGACGUCAAACUGGUUUGGCCUUGCGACCUCAUCAGCGACCCGACGAUAGCCCAGCUUCUCACACAAAUAAACGAGGUCAUUCCGUUGGAGAGUGUGGAAUGGGGCCUUGAAGAUUAUGCUCUAGAACUCUCAGAUGGCAUUGGAGGCAGUUUCGAGUGCUUGCACUUUCAAACAGUAGCAAGCACACUGAAGGCCGAGGACCAGAUCAUGAUUCGACCGCUCAUGACCGACGAUAUAAAACAACGAAAGCUCGGUGGUCGCGACCAGAUCUCAAGGGACGGCAAGCAUCUUCUGGAUGGCAUGGCGUUUGGGCGCCGAUGGCUGAGAGCUCCACGGGACAGACCUAUGCUCGACAUACCAGCUCGAAAGCGCGCUAGACUGACGUAUCCGAUCGAAGAUGCUGAAGACGAAUUACUAGAAGGAGAAGAAGAAGAAGAAGUUGUAGACGACGCAGAAGACGAAGAAGACUGCAUUUCCAACGAUGACGACAACGAUAGCGGCUCAUCAACUUCAGAAGACGUCGGAUCAGAAGACUUUGAGAGCGAGGGGAGCGAUGAAGAAGAUACAUCAGCUGAAGGCAUGGACGAAGAGCUGCAACUCCUUCGCCGUGACAACGCAGACGCUGGCGAAGCCAAAGACACUAGCCGCAGUGGCCUAUUACCUACGCUUGACUGCGUUGCAGCACUUCAAAUAGCAUUUCCGUUGGUCUCGAAACAAAAUCUGAGAACUUCUUUCCGUCGACAGGGAAACGACAUUAGGGACACAUACGAGUAUUUGAAGAAGAGAAACAACGCCAACUAUACCUUUGACGAAAUGAUGGACAAAGCUGUGAUGGGUGUUUUGGAUUCCAUCCCCAGCGAAUCAGAAAGCGAAACAAGCAACCCCCGGUUGUUGAUGCCCCCACGCCCUUUAAUACAAGAAGUUGACGAGCCUAACGCUCCCUCAACAUCUGUCGGUUUGGAUCGCAUUGACGAGCUUGUGGAUGCCCAUAUUUCCAGCGACAGCGAUAGUGAAACCUCAAGCAGCGCUUCAUCAAGCUCAGAUAGCUCCGAUUCCGAUUCCGAUUCCGAAUCUGAUGAAUCGUUUAAGGCAUCCAGUGACAGUGAUUCCGACGAUUCGUCAGACUCGGACAGCGACAAUGAUUCAAAAGUUAGUGAGGAACCUAUUACAAAGCGCUUGGUUGCUGCUGUUGGCCAAAAUCCAAGCAUGAAAUCAGCUCCGCAAGUUGAAAAGCUGGUUCCUCCUGGCUCUGGACUCGCGAGAACACAGAAACGAAAUGCUAGAAGAAAGCUGGCCAAAAAGAUGAAGCGUCUCGAAGCGUUGGACGUUGAAACUCCCGUGGCGGCCACGGCAACUGAUCCAAUGGAUGGCAUUGUAGAGGAACUUGCUGCUCGGAAACGGGCACUGCUCGAGUCAAUGUCUACCAGCGAACAUCAAUCGCCAGUGAACGGUGUCGCAGAGGAGAGUGUGAAUGCGGAGCCGCCGUCGGUAGAAAGCUCUCGGCCACGAACGCGGAUUGAUGUUGGCGCCGGCAAACGCAUACUUUUUGGCGCCCUUGGUAUUAAGCCACCAAAGUCUCAAGACGACGAAAUCAAAAUCCGCCAGGAGCUAAUGAAAGACGUUCGACCCGUCCAAAAUGCCCGAUUAAUACAAGAAGUCAUAGAAGACACAACCUCGGCAGAUGAUGCAGACGACAGUUGGCGAGAAAACAUAGUAUAUCGCGCGGUCGAGUGUUGUCACGAAGGUAUUGAGCUGAGCGAGCCACCAUUUCCUUUUGUUCAGCGGUGGGAUUCUCAGCAACAAUAUCAGCCAAGCAAGAAGCGAAAACGCAAAGUGGAAUAUGAGGACUACCAAGAAGAGCCUGCAGACGACUCAUACAUCGCUGUUGGUGACGACACUGCUGGAGAACUGAACUAUGACGAUGAGCCGCCGGCCCGCGAACCAGCACCACAGAUAGACGAUGAUCUGCCUCCGCUCCCGCAUGAUGUAACGACAUUGCCGGGGCUGGAGCAGCACGCUGUGGUUCCUGGAAUGGUUAUUACGUGGAAGCAGCUGGUGAUGUCCAAAGCCACAAAUUGGCAACCAGAACUUAAAGGUUUUACCGCUUUGGUGGUAUCUAGUACGAACGAUGAAUUACAGUUAACAUUGGCCAAGAGAGACAGAAAUGGAAAGAGCAGGCAGUACGAUAAUGAAACCGGGCAGCGCAUUUACGACAAGUUUGAGGCCCCAGAUAUGGAUGAUGACGAUGACGAAGGUGAAGAAGAGGAUGAUGGUCACCGAUCUCUCCCCUGGGCAGACCUUACGGAUCCCAGACUCUUGCAUUGUAAGCCAACGGAGGUUUCCAGACAUUGAUAUCCUUGGCUGACGGAGUAUGGAAAGGUUACCCACAGAACAACGAAGAAGAGCAAAGACAGGAAAAUUCAGAAGCAAUGAUGGAACCAGGCCCAUCUGAGAACGAGUCACAGAUGCCGUGCGCACAGCCUGUGCCCCAUUUGGGGUCGCUGCCAGUUGAUGAUGUGUUUAAUAGCAUCACCACAGACAGCUGGGACGCUGCCGGAGAGGGUAAAAACCAGACUACCGUUGAUGUACUUGAAAAUAAUAGCGGCACCAACGAUAGCAAUAUGGUUGAUCAAGAGCCUCAAAAUACGUCAAGGGAUUCAAACGCGGAGCACACGACCAUACCGUCGUCUCUUGCAGCAGCUAGCGAAAAUGGUAGCGCCAUGGACGGUCUGGAGCCGGGUGAGGAGCCACUACAUUAUCGUGGUAGGAGUAUCUCAUUGGGAGCCAGCCACCACGAUUCAAUCAUCCCAGACACCCUUUUAGAUGUUCAUGGCGCUAAUAUAGCAACUGGCGAUGUUGAAGAGCCUAUAGACCGUGCAAUAAGCAGCAGCCCUAUGCCAACUAUUGCAGAAAUAUGGUCGACAGCCACGGCCGUGCUAAACACACAAACCUCAGAGAUAGUGGCGGAUGCUAUUGAGAAGGUUGCAGUAUCGGAGCCCAACGCUGAAUACGAGGAAGCAAUGCGACAGUUUGACAACGAGGAGAGCACCGGGCCAGCAUCAGCCUUGUUUCCUAACGCGACACAGCCUUGUGCUCCUCCAGCCCGGCCGCUACGGUCCACACGCUCCUUCAACUCUCUCAAACCAUCCGAUGCCCCGAGCACGCCUGAUAAAGCUACUCGUAAGAAGAGAAAGAGGAAGGCUCGCCAAAGCAAAAAAGUUCAGUCUAUUCCGGGGGGGAGUCAGAUUAUUCAGAUCAGCUCGAGCCCCGUGCAGCCUGGAUCCGCGCCAGCUAGGUAACAGUUUAUGGGUGAAGGAGCUAGUUGCUCCAUGGAAAUUGACUGGCGCUGAUUGGGCGUCGCAAAAAGUGUAACAAAGGGGACUCAAUAUUUGUACAUUAUCGAAAAUAUUGUGACACAUUAUGUUGAGACAUUGGCGUCGUGACAGACUAUAGGAGGAAAGGAUCAUGAUGUGUGACAGUAGACACCAACGCUUAUGCUGCCGGCUCUGGCAUCUUGGCAAAACCAUGCAUGCAGGAUUGAUGUGAGAAAUUUGUAACUAAUAGAACAAAAGUCAAGUUUGUGAAUUCCAACGGCCUACGUGGUCCAAGCGUGACGGGAAUUGAAUGGUGCUGGGAUAGUGCUGGCGGCGCCAUAAGCUGUCACAUGGGCACCAGUAGUGCAGCGCCAUGAAUCGCUGGCGAAUCGAGCUGAGACAGAUGCGAAUGGGGCUGAAGCGGGAAGUGGUGGUGCGUGCUGUUUAGCUACUACAGUACAGCUGGUGCAAGAAAACGCCCGUCUGCAGUGAGUACCGAUGGGCACGCGACAAUGCAUUUCGCCAUGAUUGUGGCGUCGACGCUGUACAUAGAGUGGUUUUGUUGUGAGCCUAUAAAUUUCUACAUGGCAAUACUCAUCUGGUGCGCUGUACUGAUGCAUUUUUGGCGGGGUUUCGGGAUGUCGUGCUGCCGUUCCCAUCGAGUGGUUGUCAACCGCUCGUUUGUGUGUCUCGCUGUCUUUGUGGUGCAGCCGCCAACGACACGGUAGCGUUUUGUGAGCUUUACAGCGCUUGGCUUGGUUUCCUUGAUGUUUUACCUGCUGGUGGCGAAUCCUGUUUUCUUCGUUCUUUUUUGCCCGCGAUCUGAUGUGCGCCUUGCAUGCACGCGCUCGCUCGCUGCCCAGAAGGAGGAUGGUGGUGGGGGGUGGUGCCCUGAAGCUAGCGACUAGUGGAUAUGGUGUAGCGGGCUUUGCGACGCCUGACGCCUGCUGCGUGACUGGCCCUGACUUGGUGUUUGGAAUCUUGGUUUGU